UCUUCAUUCCCGAUGUGCUGUUCCACUUGCAGGUGCAAAGAGAAGAAAUACAAUUAUGAGAAUUUGCCUAGUACCUCUGUUGUCAUAGCAUUUUACAAUGAAGCUUGGUCAACACUCCUUCGGACAGUUUACAGUGUCCUGGAGACCUCCCCAGACAUUCUGUUAGAGGAAGUUAUCCUAGUAGAUGACUACAGUGACAGAGAGCACCUGAAGGAGCAUCUGGCCAACGAGCUGUCGAGGCUGCCCAAGGUGCGCCUGCUCCGUGCCGGCAAGAGGGAAGGCCUGGUUCGAGCCCGCCUGCUGGGAGCCUCUGUAGCCAGGGGUGAUGUGCUGACCUUCCUGGACUGUCACUGUGAAUGCCAUGAAGGGUGGCCGGAGCCGCUACUGCAGAGGAUCCAGGAAAAGGAGUCGGCAGUGGUGUGCCCCGUGAUUGAUGUCAUUGAUUGGAACACCUUCGAGUACCUGGGCAACUCUGGAGAGCCCCAGAUCGGUGGCUUUGAUUGGCGGCUGGUGUUCACCUGGCACGUGGUUCCCCAGCGGGAGCGGGAUCUGAUGCAGUCCCCCAUCGAUGUUAUCAGGUCUCCAACAAUGGCUCGGGGGCUGUUUGCUGUGAGUAAGAGAUAUUUUUAAUAUCUGGGGUCUUAUGAUACAGGCAUGGAAGUUUGGGGAGGAGAAAACCUCGAAUUCUCCUUUAGGAUCUGGCAGUGUGGUGGCACUCUGGAAACACACCCCUGCUCCCAUGUGGGCCAUGUGUUCCCCAAGCAAGCUCCCUACUCCCGCACCAAGGCCCUGGCCAACAGUAUGCGUGCUGCUGAAGUGUGCAUGGAUGAAUAUAAAGAACUGUACUACUACCAAAACCCCUGGGCCCGUAUGGAACCCUUUGGGGAUGUGACAGAGAGGAAGAUGCUCCGGGCCAACCUCCAAUGUAAAGACUUCAAGUGGUUCCUGGAGACAGUAUACCCAGAGCUGCACGUGCCAGAGGACAGGCCUGGCUUCUUUGGGAUGCUCCAGAACAAAGGACUAAACGGAUACUGCUUUGACUAUAACCCUCCUAAUGAAAACCAAGUCGACAGACUGCAAGUCAUUUUGUACCCCUGCCAUGGAAUGGGUCAGAACCAGUUUUUCGAGUACACAUCCAAGAAGGAAAUACGCUAUAACACCCAUCAGCCAGAGGCCUGUGUAGCUGUGGAGGAAGGAAAGGAUGACCUUGUCAUGCAUCUCUGUGAGGACCACAUCCCUGAGGAUCAGAAGUUCAUCCUGCACGAGGAUGGCACUUUGGUUCACGAACGGUCUGGGAAAUGCAUCCAGGCCACGAAGAAGGUCAACAACAGCAGCACCAAUAGCUUUGUGCCACUCUUACGAGACUGCAGUAACUCAAAUCACCAGAGAUGGUUCUUUAAGGAGCGUGUGUCAUAGCAUGUCAAGGAAGGAGCCUGUCAUAGCCAUGGACUCUGUGCGCAGCGGAGAUGGAUCAAGCGGUGGCCAGAGCCCACCCCAGAUGUGGCUGCCAUUUGGAACAUGUUGGAUUCCAUAAGAAUGUUUAUAAGCUUUGUACUGAUUUUUGACAUUUUGAAAACUGUCCCCUAGGACUCCAUUUUUCCAAGGGUAAUCUUAAGGUAUUACCUUUGGGUAUUUGGGAAGUUAAAGUCUUAGGAUAUUUUUCUAUCAAGAUGUUUAUUUUGCAGUGGUGCCUUUUAUUCUCACAGCAAAAAAGGAAAAUAUUUUAUUUUGGUACUUACAAAGAUUCCCAGAUAUUUGUAGUGUAUUUUGCACAAACUGCUAAUACCUCAAAUGCUGGGCUAGAGUUUUCAUGGAGUGGAGAGGUAGAUACUAGAAACAUUGAGUUGAUUUCUUUAGUUGAUCGAGAUGGCCUAGAUUUAUUUAAUAAAGAAUUCUUUUUGCUUA